AAUUUCCCUCUCUCCGUUGUGUGUGUGUGUGUGUGUGUGUUUUUUUUCCCCUGUACUUUCCCUUGAACACAGUUAUAGACACAUAUAUAUAACUUCGAUUUUCUCUCUUCGUUAUCGGUUCCAUCUGCGUUUCUUCUGAAUCCCUCUCUCCUCCUCGUCUCUCUUUCUCUCUCUCUCUCUCUGUUCUCCUCAUUUCAGAAAGGAAGUGUCUCUUCCAUCCUGUGCAGAACCCAGAACGAGGAAUCAAUCAGAGGCAAAGAGAGUACAAGGAAAAGACAACCCAAGAGACCAAAAUAAGAGGGGUCGACCUCCUUUUUGGGUCUCAUUCUCUGCUUUAUAUCUAGUGGGUUAUCUUUCCAUCGAGGUGUAAAACGAUUGCUACUAUCAUGAGGCUGUUAUCGUGAAGAUUGGUUUGGUUUUUUGGAUUUCCUGAGGCAUUUUCUUUUUUGGGUCUUGGUUUUUGAGUCGCCAUGGCUGGUAGCAAUGAGGUCAACCUCAAUGAUUCCAAGAGGGUUGUUCCACUCAACACGUGGGUUCUCAUUUCCAACUUCAAGCUAGCAUACAAUAUUCUUCGCCGUCCCGAUGGAACUUUCAACCGGGACUUGGCGGAGUUUCUUGACCGGAAAGUUCCUCCCAAUAUCAAUCCGGUUGAUGGGGUUUUCUCCUUUGAUCAUGUCGAUCGGGCCACCAGUCUCCUCAACAGGGUUUACAUGCCAGCUCCACUGAAUGAGCCGCAGGGGGGGAUUAUAGAUCCUGAAAAGCCAUUAAGCACCACCGAGAUCGUCCCGGUAAUCAUCUUUUUCCACGGUGGAAGCUUUACUCAUUCCUCUGCCAACAGUGCUAUCUAUGACACUUUCUGCCGCCGCCUAGUCAACCUAUGCAAGGCUGUUGUGGUGUCUGUGAAUUACCGGCGAUCACCUGAACACCCGUACCCCUGUGCCUAUGAUGAUGGUUGGGCUGCUGUAAAUUGGGUAAAGUCAAGAACUUGGCUUCAUAGUGGAAAGGACUCUAAAGUACAUGUUUACUUAGCCGGAGACAGUUCUGGUGGUAACAUAGUUCACCAUGUAGCUGUUAGAGCAGCCGAAGCACAAGUCGAGGUAUUGGGGAACAUCCUUCUUCAUCCAAUGUUCGGAGGACAGAGCAGAACAGAAUCAGAGAAGAGACUAGACGGAAGAUACUUUGUUACAGUACAAGAUCGCGACUGGUAUUGGAGAGCUUAUCUUCCUGAAGGGGAGGAUAGGGACCAUCCGGCCUGCAACCCAUUUGGCCCCCGGGGGGAAAGCAUCGAAGGGCUCAAGUUCCCGAAGAGUCUAGCCGUGGUGGCCGGAUUCGAUCUCAGCCAAGACUGGCAAUUGGCAUACGUUGAAGGACUAAAGAGAUCAGGUCAUGAAGUGAAGCUUCUUUUCCUAGAGCAGGCCACAGUUGGUUUCUACUUCUUGCCGAAUAAUGACCAUUUCUAUUGCCUCAUGGAGGAGAUAAAAAACUUCGUCAAUCCUAACUGUUAAUACUCUACUACUUAACCUCAGCUACAGGCAGCAGCAGCAUACGUAACAUAAGCUUUGACAAAUUCACCGGGGUUUUCUCCCCACCUUUUGCAGUGAUAAUGGUGUGCGUAGUUUAUUUUAAGCUUUGUGUAGUGUCAAGUACUUAAUACAAUGAAGAUUUCUAGUGGUGAUGUUGGAGAAUGGCGGAGAUCUUCCCCUUCCCGGAGAAGGCCUCCUUCAGUGGUUCCGAGGACAGGGAGCCGUGUUCAUAGCAUAUUAGCAUUCGGAUGUCAAACGCUCACCCCCGAUCAACUUCCGAUCGGUGGGGUGAUUGAUCAAAUACGACGUAGGAAUUGGGGUAAUAUAUAAAGCACUUAUAGAUCCAUUGUGCACUGAUCUUGUAUGGUAUACUUUUGUGGUUCUAAUAUAAAGAUUUUCUUUUUCUUGUUUUGUUUUCUUUUGUAUUGCUUCGUUCUGCAUUUUUUUGCUGGCAAAUUGUACAUUUUA